CGCAUAGCUCAUACACGAUGGCACAGCAGAAAGCCCUUCUCCUCGCGUCCAAGCAGGGCCCAUUUGCCGUUGGGACAGUCCCCAUACCGAAGCCUGGCCGAGGAGAAAUCCUGGUCAGAAUUCAGGCGACGGCACUUAAUCCAGUCGAUUGGAAAAUCCAGGCAUAUGGAAUCUUUAUCGACAAGUUUCCGGCUGUGCUUGGCACCGACAUUGCGGGUACGGUUGAGGAGCUGGGAGAAGGUGUGACCGGCUUCGUCAACGGCGACAGAGUGCAUGUCCUUCGCUCUGUGUCUCGUCAAGAACACUGGCUGAUUCGAUAUGUGCCGAGCACUGUGUCGCUUGAGGAGGCAUCUACUAUCCCUGCCGCUUUAGCAACCGCCGCCAUCGGCCUCUUCCAACACAAUGCCAAAAGUGGAAGCGUUGGCUUGUAUCCUCCCUGGGAAGAGGGCGGCGAAGGGAAGUACAGCGGCAAGCCCAUCGUCGUUCUGGGCGGCUCGAGCUCUGUUGGCCAGUUCGCCAUCCAGCUAGCCAAGUAUGCCGGCUUCUCUCCCAUCGUCACGACCGCCUCUCUGCAGAACGCGGAGUGGCUGAAAGAAAUUGGCGCGACUCACGUUGUCGACCGCCACCUCGACUCUCAGGCGGCGUUCGCGGAGGUAUCGCGGAUCACUUCUGCGCCGAUCGAGGUCGUUUACGACGCAAUCGGAGAGCCCGGCACGCAGAACCUAGGAUACGAUUUCCUGGCACCGGGAGGUGUCCUCCUCAUUGUGUUGAGCGAAUCGGUUGACAAGGCGAAGUUGAGCCCGAGCAAGCGGAUCGAGCACGUCUACGGAGUCUUAGACAUACCUCAGAAUCGGGCAUUUGGUGCGACUUUGUGCUCGAAGCUGACGGUACUCCUGGAAAAUCGGACUAUCAAGCCGAACCGCGUCAAAGUCCUGCCAAAUGGUCUAGAUGGCAUUAUCGGUGGACUGGAAGAGCUGAAGGAGGGGGUGAGCAACGUAAAGCUAGUCGCACAUCCCCAGGAGGAAGUGUAA